AUGAUCAGACACAAUGCACACAGUGGUUCCUAUGCCUGUUUCGAUGCCGAUCAAACAACUUAUCAAUGGGAUUUAGAAGAAUCCACAUUUGCCUAUCUUGAGAUGAAAAACGUUUUAACACGCCAAAAACUUGAUCCGGCCCUGAAACUUAUUCCAUUUCUAGAUACAAAGACACAUGAAGAAAGUCUCUUCUCUUACUAUAAUCGCCUCUGUACUGAAAUCGAUGAUAAUGUCUGUUAUAAUUGGCUGGCACAAGCCUUCUCUGGCAUGACUCUAAAAGAACUCAAAACCAACGUUGAUGAAAUGCUUCAGUCAAACACUGGUAAUACAAAGAUCAAAACUAUUUUGACAACAUUGAUUAACAAUGCUAUAAUUCAGACUGAGUACGAUGCACCUAUACCAAACUUUUACACAGCCCAACAAGAACUCUAUAAUCGCCUUAUGGCAAAUGGAAUUGAAGUCUAUGUAAUUACAGCUUCACAUGAAGAACUAGUCCGUAUGGUUCUGUCUGAUCCAAAAUAUGGUUACAAUGUCAAGCCGGAAAAUGUACUUGGAAUGACAACACUCCUGAAGAAUGGUACUCAGAUGACUACAUCUCGAAAACAGGUUACAGAUAAUACUUAUGAUCAGCGGCAAAAUUUAAAUUUAACAUUCACCUCCUAUAUGUGGUCUCCUCAAACAAUGUUCGCUGGAAAAUACGCUGUAAUUUUGACCUAUAUAAGUCAAUGGAAAAUGCCAGUUUUUGUCGCAGGUGACACGCCCACUAGUGACGGUUAUAUGCUAUUUCAUGCCUAUAAUCAACAACGAGAUACACUUCGUCUCUGGGUAAAUCGAAAAGAUGCCUAUCUAACUCUAAUUCAACAGAUGCAAAAUCAGAACGCUCAAGAACAGCAACAAAAUGGGCUUAGAGUCACGGCUGAUAAAAACUGGAUAUAUGUGAAGCCGAACGAUCUUGGACCCAUAAAACCGAUGGGAUCAAGGACUCAAGUGCUGAAAUCAGAAUUUUUCGAUUAG